AUGGUCACUGGUGUAGAUCCUGUGGUUGGGAUGGAUCCUGUGGUCGGGAGCAAAAAAAAGGCGAAGAAAAUCGUUUUCCGGAAGGGGGCGACCACCUGUCACAUGGACAGGGUUACCGGUACACAGUUUGGGGUCUCGUUCUGCGGUAGCAGCAAGUAGAUAUUGUUCGAGGGGCUGGGUGGUGGUACGUUUGAAUCUUGGUUUUCCCAUUUGCUGUACUUUUGUGAAGAUGAGUGCGUGGCUUGGUCAAGAUUGUGCGUGUUGCGACUGGUAAACCUGCAGUUUUUCUGUUAUGCUUAAUCGGCGGUGGCGAG